CCCCAGCGGAGGCAACAUGGCUGCCCCGGUGAGCUAUGGCUGUGAGGUCUGAACUUAACGCAUUUGUUAACUGCUGUGUGCCUGGUGAUGGCGUUGUGCGGUUCGCGUCAGAGCCCGGAGGAGCUCCCUGCAGAACCCCCUUCACAAAAAGAUGAGGAUUGUGAUUCUGAAGAUCGGGUCAGCGACUCGGAAUCUUACUCCUCUACGAGUUCCGAUUAUAAUGACCUUGAGCCUGAAUGGCUGGAUAGUGUGCAGAAAAAUGGAGAGCUGUUUUAUUUGGAAUUGAGUGAGGAUGAAGAAGAAAGCCUCCUUCCUGAGACACCUACUGUGAACCAUGUCAGGUUCAGUGAAAAUGAGAUUAUUAUUGAAGAGGGUGAUUACAAAGAAGGAAAAAAGUAUGAACCGAAACUCAAGCGGUUUACCAAGAUUUUAAAAAGUAAAAAACUGUUACCUAAGCGCAGUAAUAAAAAAAAUAGCAAUGCGAGUGGGCCAGUAUCCAUUCUAAAGCACCAGUCCAAUCAGAAAACAGGAGUUGUUGUGCAACAGCGGUACAAAGAUGUGAAUGUUUACGUAAACCCCAAAAAGCUAACCGACCAAGCCAAAGAGCAGCUCAAGCUUCUGGAAGUACUGGUUGGGAUUAUCCAUCAGACCAAGUGGAGCUGGAAAAGAACUGGAAAACAGGGCGGUGGAGAGAGGCUUGUGGUACAUGGUCUGCUGCCAGGAGGAUCUGCUAUGAAGAGUGGUCAGAUAUUAAUUGGUGAUGUCCUUGUUGCUGUGAAUGAUGUAGAUGUGACCUCUGAGAACAUAGAGAGAGUUCUGUCUUGCAUUCCUGGACCUAUGCAGGUGAAACUGACAUUUGAAAAUGUGAAUGCUGUCAAAAAGGAAACAACUCAACCAAGACAGAAAAAGGCGCCAUCGAACACAAGUGAUUUAGUCAAAUUUCUAUGGGGAGAAGAGGUUGAAGGUAUCCAGCAGAAUAUCCUAAACACUCCUCAUAUCGUUAUGUAUCUCACACUACAGCUUGACUCAGAAACAUCAAAGGAAGAGCAGGAAAUCCUUUAUCAUUAUCCAGUAUCUGAUGCAUCUCAGAAACUUAAAAGUGUGAGAGGGAUAUUUCUCACACUCUGUGAUAUGUUGGAAAAUGUAACUGGGACGCAAGUUACUAGCUCAUCCCUUCUUUUAAAUGGGAAACAAAUUCAUGUGGCUUAUUGGAAAGAAUCUGACAAGUUGUUGUUAAUUGGCCUACCUGCUGAGGAAGUUCCUCUUCCUCAGCUAAGGAAUGUGAUAGAAGAUGUUGCCCGAACCUUAAAAUUUAUGUAUGGUUCUUUAGAUAGUGCCUUUUGCCAGGUUGAGAAUGCUCCUCGUUUGGAUCAUUUUUUCAGCUUGUUCUUUCAAAGAGCCCUUCAGCCUGCUAACCUGCACUCCAUUGCCAGUUCCAGUGCACAGCAGUAUGAUGCUGCCAGUGCAGUACUUUUAGACAAUCUCCCUGGAGUUCGGUGGCUCACACUUCCACAGGAAAUUAAGAUGGAAUUAGACACAGCAUUGAGUGAAUUGGAAGCCGCAGAUUUUGCAGAACUGUCUGAGGAUUACUAUGACAUGAGGCGGCUGUAUACAAUUUUGGGGUCUUCUCUAUUUUACAAGGGUUAUUUGAUAUGCAGUCAUUUGCCUAAGGAUGAUCUUAUUGAUAUUGCUGUAUACUGUCGCCACUAUUGCCUACUGCCUUUAGCAGCAAAACAGAGAAUUGGUCAGUUGGUAAUAUGGAGAGAAGUAUUUCCUCGACAUCACCUUCAACAUUCUACAGACUCAAAUACUGAAGUCUUUCAGGAACCUGAAGGGAGAUAUUUUUUGCUAAUUGUUGGCUUGAGACAUUAUAUGUUAUGUGUACUAUUAGAAGCUGGAGGCUGUACAUCCAAAGCUAUUGGGAAUCCUGGACCAGACUGUAUAUAUGUGGAUCAGGUCAAAACAACUCUUCACCAGCUGGAAGGGGUAGAUUCCCGCAUAAAUGAACGGCUAGCCUCUUCUCCAAGCCCCUGUUUGUCUUGUGCUGACUGGUUCCUUGCUGGAUCACAUGAAAAGUUAGAUAAUUUGACGACGUCACCCAUCCUCAAUAGGCUGCAAGCUACUUCCAAAGUAGCAACCUCUCCAACAUGCAGAAGAACUCUUUUUGGUGACUAUUCCUUAAAGACACGUAAGCCCAGUCCUUCCCGAAGUGGAGGAUCUGACAGUGGUUGUGAAGGUAGAGAAGGCGUUGGCUUGAGCCCCCAUGCUACCCUGGAUGCAGCACAGAAGCAAAGAGCAUCUCAAGGUUCUGAUGGUUCAGAAGAAAGUGGGGCCUUGCUUAAGGUAACUAAAAAGAAGUCUACUCUUCCAAAUCCAUUUCAUUUGGGAAACUUGAAAAAAGAUCUGUCAGAAAAAGAAUUGGAAAUGUAUAACACAAUGAAAUUGACAUCUGGUCCUGAGAAUACACUUUUCCACUAUGUUGCCUUAGAAACAGUGCAAGGGAUCUUUAUUACUCCUACCCAUGAAGAGGUGGCACAGCUAAGCGGUUCUAUCCACCCUCAACUUAUAAAGAAUUUCCAUCAGUGUUGUCUCUCCAUUCGUGCAAUUUUCCAACAGACAUUGGUUGAAGAGAGAAAGAAAGCACUCAGUGGUAGAGAUCAUUCAGGUUCUACAAAUUCAGUGUCUUCUCUUAACCCUGUGAAAGAACACGGUGUGUUGUUUGAAUGCUCACAUGAAAACUGGACUGAUCAGAGAAAAACACCACCAGUUAUGGCUUACUGGGUAGUAGGGAGACUCUUUCUUCAUCCCAAACUUCAAGAACUUUAUGUCUGUUUUCAUGACUCAGUUACAGAAAUUGCCAUUGAAAUGGCCUUUAAAUUGUUCUUUGGAUUAACCCUGUAGCCGUGUCAGCUUGAUGCAUGGCUACCUUGUGCACAGGCUAUUGAGCAGUGGUAGAAUUGCUAAAAUAUAUUUACAAAGAGAUAUGGUUUAAGUUCUUUUCAAUGUUCAAUACUCAACAUAAUAUUCUUCAAGACUGAAAUGACACACUCUUGGAUUUGAUGCACUGAAUCUCAUUAUCAGACUUUUGAAGACGAUACUUGAUCAAAACAGGAAGAAGAAAUUAACUUAUUUCCAUUUUGGUUUAUAAUAUUAAUUUAUUUACUAGUUUGAAAUAAUGUAAUGCGUUUUAUGUAAAACUGAUAUAAGGAUUAUUAUCUUAGAAAAAUACCCAAUUCAUUGUGUAUUUCACUCAAGACUAAUACUGAUAUCUAGCAAAACAAUCAUGAAGUUGGGAGGAGGUGACCAGGUUCUGUAAGUGACUAGUGCUAUGACCAUGAGAAAGUUUUGUACCUCUCUGGGCUCAGAAUUUUUGUGUACAAAUUAAAUGAUUGCUUUGAGGUGUCUAAAGUCCCUCUUAAGAGUAAAAUGUGUGGUUUUUUCCCCCUCUUGCCUAAUGGUCAGUACCUGAAUUUGUAAUGUCCAAGUACUAAUUCCUUCUUAGAUCAGAUACUUAUCUUUAAGUGUUUCAGUAGAUAUCUCACUGUGCAGUAAGAGAGAAGUGAGAAUUAAACCUCUUUUUAAAUUUAUUUGAUUUUCUGUACUCUUUCAGGUUAGCCCUAUUUUGACUAGGAUAUAAUUUUUAAAAUAUUUGUCCAUAACUUUCAUCGUUUUUCUCUGUUGAAAUAUAUUCAGGUAUACGCACACAUUUUAUACAAGUUCAUGAAUUUUAGGAAAGUUGUAUGUAAAUCUUUAAAAAACCUAAUCAUGUUGAAAACACUGAAAGAUAUGACUUCAGAAAUCCUAUAGAAUUCUUUUGUUAAAUAGUAAUUUUGCCUUAAAAAUAUGGAUCAUUACAUAUUGGGUUCUUCCAUAGGGGGACACUUUAAUGAACAAUAGUUUGCUUGACCUUGAGUAGAGAAAGAUAACUAAUUGGAUGAGAAUUUUCUUUGGCUGUCAGAAUUUGGUGAAUCAAGAGGUAGACCAUAACUAUUUUUAAUUGACACUUCAGGAUUCUCCUGAAGUCUCACAUGCCCCCAAGACUUUAUAUUACUGGGUUCUUCCUUCUUCAGUACUUAGCUUUGGAAAGUAAAUGAUGCCAGUACAUCUAAAGCUGGUCUCUGCCUUUGCCCUACCUCACAUGAGAGCCCUUCAGCUUAGUCAGAACUAACUGCAAAAUGUAAUGGGUGCACCAUGUGAAAUAUUUGGUUUCAUAACAAAGACACUGUUAUCCUUCUAUUAUCAGUUUAAGAGAUUUUUCACCCAACAUUCAAGGUGCAAACCACUCUAUUUGUCCCUUUAGUGACUUGUGGGCUUUAAUUUUAGCAUUCAAACAGGACAGGGAACAUCAGUUCUCGAAAUGUAGAAAAUGGCUUGAAAUAUCCUCCCCUUAAGAUUACAGUAUUGGUCAAAUGUUAGAUAGACUCCACCACUGUCUUAGGACUACUCGUGUGCAUAUGUAUUAAGAUAUCAUUAAGAAUAUUUAGUAAAUGUCCUAAGUUUCUGAUAAGUCCCCUAAAAAUACCAUGAACUAUUUUUAAUCAUGAGAAUUAUUCAUAAAUGCAACUAUUGAUCACAGAUUUUCAAACAGACUGAACUAGACUUGGGAUUCUAUCAUCGGGGACUUUUUCUGUUUCAUUUAAUGAACUUUUGAUCUGUUGAACUGCUUUUCCUAGUGUCAAAGAAUCAUGAAACCACCUCUUAAUAACUGAAAUAAAAAGACAUAGCAGGAGUUCCCAUUGUGGCACAGCAGAAAUGAAUCCGACUCGUGACCAUGGGGUUGCGAUUUCAAUCCCUGGCCCUGCUCAGUGGGUUAAGGAUCCAAUGUUGCCAUGAGCUGCGGUGUAGGUUGCAGAUACAGCUCAGAUCUGGUGUUGCUGUGGCCCUGGUGUAGGCCAGCAGCUGUAGCUCUGAUUGGACGCCUAGCUUGGGAACCUCCAUAUGCUGCAGUGCGGCCUGAAAAAGGACAAAAGGGAGGAAAAAAAAAGACAUAGACUACUGAUCUUAGUAAGGGCAAAGUCCUUUGCAGUAUUGUAGAUGUGCUUAUAAUGUCCAUGUUGCAGAGACAUUGCCUUUUUUUUUUUUUUUAAAGGGCUGCACCUGUGGCAUAUGGAAGUUCCUGGGCUAGGGGUUGAAUUGGAGCUGCAGCUGCCCACCUGUGCCACACAGCCACAGCAACAAGGGAUCCAAGCCAUGUCUACGACCUAUACCACAGCUCACAGCAACGCCGGAUCCUUAACCCACUGAGCGAGGGCUGGGAUUGAACCCGAGUCCUCAUGAAUACUAGUUGGGUUUGUUACUGCUGAGCCACAACAGGAACUCCUGCAUUUUUAAGAAAUAAAAUCAAAUAUUAUCUUGGCGUUUAUCUCUACAUGGAUAUCAAAGUAAGCAUUAUAAAUAAACUUAGCUGCCCAUUUUUCCAUAUAUGUUCAGGUUCACAUCUGAAAGUAGAUCAAUCUGAUUUUUGGACAGAAAGUACCUAUCUGCCACUUCAUUAAAUAAAGAGGACAAAGAAUUCUUGAGCAGAUGCAGAAACAUUCUAAGUUGGAUUUUAUGAGUUCCUUCAAAUGUUCUUUUUCAUCAAAGGCUAUAAUGCAAUAGACUAUAUAACCAACAUGAAAAAAUUAAAUCAAGUGCUGUCUUACCAACAUCAUCUAUUUAACUUACAUUUUAGAUUCUAAGGCGACCCCACUCUCUUUCUUUAUCUCUCUUUUGUUUUUCUCUGUCAGGUUAGAGAGGGCAUAGUCCUUAUUUGUGUCAAGGGACCCUUCAUGAUGAUGCAGUACUGGCAAGAUGGGCAGUUGCAGUGCCUGCUUGUUUAUAUUUGUGAUACAAAGGGGAAAAGCUGUGAAACUAAUUUACUAGGUUUGGCUACUUUGAACAUUCUUGAAAAUAAUAUUGUGAAUAAUUAUUUGUUGUCUUCGUGAUUUCCAUCUAAAUAGUGCCUGGCACAUGUUAAGUGCUAUAAAAGUAUUGGCUUCUCCCACCAGUACCACCAUUUUUUAUUAUUAUUAUUAAAUAUCCAUUGGUUCAAAACCAUGGAGUCAGCUAAAUCAUACCUGCUACUAUACAAAAUGUUGGAAAGCUAAGAAAAAGUAUUCAGCACUAAACACUUACAAAAGGAUUUAUGCAUGGAUAUUUUUUAAUGUAUUAUUAAAUGUUACUAAAACUUUAAUCUAUACACUAAACUCUGGAAAUAAUUUUGUAGAGUUGUACUUCUAUAUUCUAUAUGGUUGAAGCUAUUUUUAUAUUAUAUUGAUAGUUUUUAAUAAAGAUGGUUUGUUUGCA